CAUUUAUGCGUUCUUGGCUGCAUGCGCAUGUUUGCCCCGCUCCCUUACCGUCCCCUCUCCGGAAGUCGUUGCCGCCGCGGGCGCUCGAGGCCCUCGCCAGAAGAGUGAAAGGGAUGAACUGAAAAGCUUGCCGAGCUUUGUCUCCGUUUCUCGAACUUUGUCACUAUCGAGCUUUUUGGAGGAAUCCGCGUGGUCAGAAAUCUUCUUCACUCUGGAGCGAGCACCGCGGACGACGAGGAGGAGGGCGUUUUGCUGUCAGAUCGCCGCAGGGGAUAGUGUUGUGUAGAGGGGUCGAGGUCUCGAGUGAGCACAUUCAAUUGAUGCAGAAAGAGGUGGAACUGGGAAGUGGAAAAGAGGGCAAGGGUGGGAUGGAUCGGGAGUCGAGGGGGACGGAGCCCUUCGCGGUUCCGAGUCCGAUGCGCGAGCCGAAGCCCGGCAAAAGGUCGAGGAAGAAAUGCGUCCUCUGCUGCUGCGGAAUCUGCACGGCAGUCAUCGUCCUGGUGAUUGUGAUUCUCAUCAUUCUAGCGUUCACGGUGUUCAAGCCCAAGGAUCCUGAGCUGACCGUGAACUCUGUCACGCUGAACGGCUUGGACGUGAACUUGGCCAACAUUUUGACGAGUCCCAAUCCGUCGGUCGGCAUAGACUUGGACACCAAGGUGACAGUGAAGAACCCGAAUUACGCAAGCUUCAAGUACAGGAACACUACUGCUUACAUUUACUACCAUGGCAAGGAGAUUGGCGACUCGUCCAUCGAGGCCGGAGAAAUCAAAUCCAGGAGCAGUGCUCAGUUAGACCUUCCUGUCAGUGUGAAAAUUACGGGGGAUCUCUUCAAUAGCAACCUCACCACCGAUCUUCUCUCCGGCAUUCUGCCUGUUGCCACCAGGGUCGAGAUCAGGGGAACGGCCAACUUUCUCAAUAUCAUCAAGCUGAAGAACGCCAGGUCUAAUAGCUACUGCGAGCUUCAAAUUUUUCUGAGCAACUCUACUCUCAAGGACAUCGACUGCAAGAACAAAUUCAAAAUCUGAGGAAAUCAGAGUUUCCGCCACUCUCAAUGUUCACUCUCGCUCGUCGCCCGGCGGAUAGCUUCAGUGCUGUACAAUUUGCAACGCCUGUCCUAGUCCGAGGAGAAGGCGAAUGCAGAAGCAGCUGAGGCCGUGCGCUUCGUGUUUCUCCAGGGCAAGCUCAAGGAAUACGAGUGCUUCGCGCAGGUUUCCGCACUGCCUCAAACUCCAUGUUAUUGUUUGUACAUUCAAGUUUCUCUCAGUCUUGUUUAAUAGUUUCGCUCUUGUCAGGCCAGGUUAGUGGAUCCUAAGAGGGUAGAGGCAGAAAUUCUAGCACAUUAUUUGUGGAUGGGUUAGCUAUCCACACCCAUGAGAAAGAAGACGACUUGCUUGCGGCUGCAGCUCAGCCACAAUCAGCUCUAGUCAAAUUUGCUGUAAAAUGUCGACAUCGGAUAUCCUGAUAUAGAAACCGAUGAAAGUGCGGAGUAAGAGACCUCACUGAGCGGAUUACAUUAUACCAAAAGAGGCAAUUAAAAUUGUGGGAUUUGACGUCCCGUUCCGUUCCGUGAAUCUGGACCAAAACUGUAAGGCAGGUCUGACAACGGAAUUCUGUAUUUAUCGGAAUGAAAACAUUUUCAUACUCAUAUGGUUUGUUGAAGCUAGUUGUUGUGGGGCCAGUGAAGGCUGUUAAUAGAAUUAUGAAUCCUUAU